UGAAAAAGAUAAUAGAGAGAGACAUAAUAGAGAUCGAAGUCCUAGUCUAUAUGGGAAGCAUCGAUCUGAAAUUCGGAACCACAGCAGAGAAAAGGAUAAUAAGGAGAGACAUAAUAGAGAUCGAAGCCCUAGUCUAUAUGGGAAGCAUCGAUCUGAAAUUCGGAACCACAGCAGAGAAAAGGAUAACAAGGAGAGACAUAAUAGAGAUCGAAGCCCUAGUCUAAAUGGGAGGCAUCGAUCUGAAAAUCGGAGUCAUAACCAUUUAGAGAGAUCGCGCAAAAGACAUCAUGACAGAGAAGAUACUAAUAAAGAAGCAGCACAAAAACGCCUUAAACAAAUGAUGGAUGAUGCUAAAAAACUUUCUGAAGAACGUACAAUACGUGUUGCAGAACUUAAACGGGCAGAGGACGAGGAAGAAAGGAGGGUAAAAGAGCAUAUGGCAAAACUCAAACAAGAGGGUGGACAUUCGGAACAUUUAAGAAAAUUAUAUAAACAAGCAAUUUCAUCGCCACAGGCGCUAGAUUUAGGCGGACAAGUCAGAAAGUCUCGAAGUAUGUUGCAAAGAAACAUAGGUGACGAAUAA